CUGCGCCUGGAGCGCCUCAUGAAGAACCCGGACAAGACCGUUCCCAUCCCCGAGAAACUGAGCGAGUGGGCGCCGCGACCUCCCCCAGAGUUUGUCCGAGAUGUCAUGGGUUCUAGUGCUGGAGCUGGCAGUGGUGAAUUCCAUGUGUACCGCCAUCUUCGCCGGAGAGAGUAUCAGAGGCAGGAUUUUAUGGAUGCAAUGGCUGAGAAGCAAAAACUGGAUGAGGAAUUCCAAAAGAAAUUGGAGAGGAAUAAGAUGAUUGCAGAGGAGCAGACAGCGAAACGCAGAAAGAAGCGCCAGAAGUUGAAAGAGAAGAAGCUGCUGGCUAAGAAAAGUAAACUAGAACAAAAGAAGGAAAAAGAGUCUGACCAGUCACAAGAGCAACAGUCCAGUGAGGAAGAGGCAGAUGAUACGAAGGAGGAGAAAGAGAAAGAUGAUGAUGCAGAAGAGCCAAGCUUUGUGAUGGGAAGAGGAUGAUGCUAUUGCAGUGGCAGCUGGAAACAACGUUCAUUGCUUUAUAUUCAGGAGCAUGAAAAUUUUUCAUCUCAGCCGGGCAGAAUCCAUCGGCAUAUGUUGUACCUGCUUAACGGUGGAGGUGUGACCUUCGCACCUGAGUUCUGAAGGGUUUUUUGGUAGAUGCCAAAUAACAGAAUUUUCUUAACUGCUUGUAAAACUGCUGUGCAGUCUGCUAUGAGGUUGCUCUAAAGAGUCAGCCAUGAGUCUUUGUGACCCUAGAGUUCUUUUUAGCAUGGCCCAAAGCAUUUGUUGUCUGAAAGCUAAACCAUAUUCAUUGGCAGACAAGGUUCUUUGGGUGAAUCGUAUUCAUCAGCAUUUAAGGCAAAUUCUACUGUGAGGGCCGUGAUACCCAACUUCCACUGAAAUUGAUAGGAUUAGGAUGUAUGAAUCUAAGGGCAAAAGUUAGCCUGUAGCAGAGAAUGGUUUGGCCCCAAAUUUCCCUGCACUGUGAGUGUUUUCAGUUUAGGGGUUUGUGACAAGCCCAUCUCUAACCCAAAGAAAUUAGUUUAUGAUCUUAGGCAGGUUCUAUAGAAUUUUUUUUUAACGGGUGAUCCCUUUUUUAUUACUUGGAUGUGCCCUACAAUUUUCUUCUAAAUUUUUCUAAUUAAUAAAAAGGGAAUGUCUCUCACUUCUUGUCUGCUCUUAUUUGAAUGGGAGUUAACUAAAGUAAAGUACUUUUUGCCAAAUUUAGAGCUUGUUUAAUAGGCUGAGGAGUCUUUUAAAGAGUUUAAACAGUAUUUGGGUUCAUCAGAGUGGGAGGUGGUGAGUUGGUAUGAUUUUAGGGACCUUGAAGUAGGGGAGAAAUUCUUAAAUCUAUGGUAGAGCUCUAAUCUGAGUCUCUUUCUGGAUUAAGGGACAAAAAGAUAAAUGAUGCAGCAUUUGAAAUGGUAUAGCAAAAACAGAUUAGCUAAGAGAUUAAUUCAUCAAAAUAUGUAGGAGGCCCAUAAAUUGCCCAGAAAGGGGGAACUGUGUCUCAUUCUUUCUGCUUUGGUGUUAUAUUAAGUGUUUGAUAUAUUUGAGACACACAGACUGUUUUGCUGGAGAUCUGCAGAAAGUGUGAGAGCUGGAUGGGCCACAGUGCAAUCUCAGGGUUGAAUCAUGCUAGUUAUCUCUUUUGGGGAGAGGAGACCUCAGGUCCCCUGAGCUGCCAAUUUGGCUCACUCCAACAUGAUUGGCAGCUCAACUAAAACCAAAACCCAGUGUUGUGUUCAGCAUCUGUAGUUUGGACUGAAGAAAACCAUUUUUUUUCCAACUUGGAGGUGCCUGUCUCUUCUCAGAUGCUUUUGCUGUGACAGCUCAGUAUCCAGAAUACAGUGCAACUUUUUAUUUAUUUAUUUAUUUUUGUCAAGCCUAAGCUAAUAGUAAGCUACCUAAAUAUAUUAAAGGUAUUGCAAAUGAGCUCUUUACAUUAGAUUGUGCUGCCUGACACCAGUUAUGUUACUUGACUAAAUUGAGUUUGUGUAAUGGCAUCUCUGUAAUGUUAUUUGCCUGCUCAGUGGGGAAAUACUAUGAUUCAUCACAAGUGGCAUUUGAGUUCAGUUCCCUUGUGCUUCCCUCCCUGUUUGCUUUCUUUCAGUGGCAAGGUAAGUUUUUUCUUCUAAUGGUGGAAAGCUGCAGGGGACUGGCUCAGAAGUCAUCAAAUGCUGAGAGGUGUUCAGAGCGAGCUGUGAUAACCUUACUUCCUCUGUGCUGCUUCAAGUCUAGACCCUUGGCGGCUCAUGGGGACUAAGGUGGAAGACAGUGAAUGCUCCAUAGUUAGGGUGACUAUAUGUCCUGUUUUAGCCAAGACAGCCCUGGACUUCAGAGGCUGGUUCCUGCCAGCUGGUAGGAAUUAUAAUGGAUAUCCUGGAAACACAGGGGUGUCAUCUGGCUGGGAGCUGGAGUGGUGCAGAGCACCUUGCAGGCAGGCACAACUGCCUGUCCAGCACACAGCCCCACCCCUGCCAACUUGUGGGAGUGGGGGUGAGGGGGGAAGAGACAGGGUCCCAGACUUCCAUGUGGGCAGCCUAUCCGUAACCAGUGGCAUUUCCUCAUGGACACACAUUGAUGUGGAGGGUUGUGCCCUUUCUUUGCUGCAUUCAGCGUAGGGUGAGCAAACACUGCUACUUUUGAGUGCUAGCAAAAUCCAUAAGAAGCAAUUAACCUUGCACUGUUCUUUUGGUUGUUUUUUUUUUUAAACUGUUCAAGGAACAUGAGUCUCAUGAAUAGGCUGUACCCUGGGAGGCAGCGUUUCCUUUCUAAGCUGGGCUGAAUGGAAAGAUGUAGUUUUCGUUAACUAAGAAACAUAUUGUACUUUUUCUCUCGCUUGCACAGAGGGUGGACUUAUGGGAUGAAAUGAAUUCAGGCUAGGCUACCUGGCCCUGUUGUGUUUGACGCCAUCCUUUCUUACAAUGAAUUAUUCAUAACACAAAUCUCCUUUCAGAAACGUUGAGCUUGUAAGUGAAAUGCUAACGAAUGCGGACAGAACGCACCACUGAAGCUUAAUAAAUGUCCUCUCUCCUUUGCUGGGAGGACUGAACUGGCGUGGCGAUUUAGACCGUGUUUGGUGUAUGUUGCUAGAAAUCCUGGUUGCUGUGAUAAGAGCUCCUGUAGGGUUACAUCCCAGGGUCAGGGUCACGUUUUCCACAACACAAGGGCCGGGUAGCUUGGAGGAUUCAGCAGAGGUAUCAGCAACGUAACAGGAAGAAAACUGCGUGCUCUGCUGGCUUUUCUUCUCGGGCCCCCGAGCUGCACCUCUCAGAAAGGA